AUGGUAAUAGAAAAUGGAACAAGACGGAAUCAUGGAUCUGCUGCUCCAGUACCAGUGUCUGAAUAUAUUCGAUCAUCUGCAUAUCGUAAUAGACAGUCAAUUUUACCAACAUUACCAAAAACAUUAUCAGAAAUUGUUAUACCGCGAUCAUUAACAGUAACAUCAAUGAAUCAGUCUUUUUUGUUUUGUGAUACUCCUGGCUCUUGUCUUCAUUUGAAUGCUGAUGGAACAUUUAGAACAGCCCCACAAUUAUUUUAUCAAUCGUACAGUAUUCAUGCUUGGAAUGAUCUAAGCAUGAAACCAAUGGUAUUUGUUGCUAUGCCGAAUAAGUAUCGUCAGUCAUACGAACAAUUACUACGUUCAUUAGUUUCAUAUGCUGAAAGUUUAGAUGUAAAAUUAGAGCCAAAAUCAAUCCUCAUAGAUUUUGAACAAGGUGCUGUCCAAGCAUUUCAAACUGUUUUUCCAGGAAUUCAAGUUAAACUAUGCCAUUUUCAUUUUGAGCAAAAUAUAUGGAAAAGAAUUAAGAAAUAUGGUUUAGUUAAACUUUUUAAAGAUGAACAAGCACGACAACAAUUAGCUAAUCUACUAUGCCUACCAUUAAUGGCUCCAGAAGAAGUAGUUGGUUUAUUUUGUGCUAUCGUCGAAGGAUUCAGUACUAUGGAUGAUAAAUUAUUAAAGUUAACAGACUAUGUUUUAAGAAAUUAUAUUGAUUGCCCAAUAUAUCCUAUUGAAAAAUGGAAUCAUUUUAGUUUAAUACAAGAAAGACCACGCUUAAAUAUGUGUUUUCCAUUAAUUGGAAUAUUUUAUACUCGUGGUCAAGGCAUAGUACAGAAUGAGUAUUAUCAAAUUGGUGUAACAAGAAAAAUUCCUAUUUACAUCAGUGAAAUUAUUCAUGGCGUAACAGCUGUUGGUUGGUUAUUUGUAACAGCAUAUUUUAAUCUUCAAUAUGGGAUUGUUCUAAUUAAAAACCAUACUCUGCUAUUCGGUUACAUUUAUUUUGGUUUAAGCGCCUUCCUAAUUUUAAUGGAUGUCGGUUUUAUCUUAAUGCAAAUUAUUAUAACAAUUAACAGUAGCGAUCAUAAUCAAGUUGAUCAAUUUUACUGUCCUGAUUGUACGGAAGUAAACAUUUUUCAACUGAAUAAACCGUUUUUUGUAUUGAAUGAACAAACAGCCCAAGUAUUGUCCAAAGAUGCUUGUCGGCGAUGUUUACGCCCGUCACCAACAGAAUCAGGUAUUUUAUCAGAUAUUGGUAAUCAACUACAAGUACCGAUUAAAUUACAGCCAGUAUCAGUAUCGUCAACUGACCUUAUGGUGGCGAAAAUGAGAGAUAAUUCGUGGUUUGGACAAUACAUUAAACCUUCGACUUAUGUCACAUGUCAUGGAAUUAGUUUCGUUGUUGAAUCAAUCGCUUUCUUUGGUACAGCUAUUAUGGCGAUCGCAGGAGCAUUAAUGAGAAAAUAUGCACAUUGUUUCAUGUAA